CUCCACCAAACAAUCGAAUCUGCCCAUCACAAAUCCUCCACACCGAAUAGACCACACCGCCUGGAUCGGCUUCGAAAUCCCACACAUCUUUGUGGCUCACAUUGCAAUACCUCUCUUCUUCAUAUUCUCUAGGCUUGGGGGGAGGAAAUUCAACCAUGGCCACUCCUCGCCGUCGCUCGGCUCGAUUGAGCAAGGCGGCCCAGCAACAGCAUGCCUCUCCUCGCAAGAGGAUCUCCACGAUGCAGCUUGAAUCUCUAGUAGAAAGAGAUGAGACUCCAGAAGUCGGCGAGCCCCAGUCCAUCGACAACGUGCUUGCAACCCCUACGUCGGCGGCCAUGAUCAAAUCACAGCUUUCCAAGUUGUCCGGACUGAAGACCCCUAGGACUGAACCACAAGCCGACCGCGGCGAAAUGCAUCCUCAUCUUGUUCACCAGACUACCACCAAAGCCCCAGAUUCCGGCUUCAAAUUGGGGUUUGUCGAUGUGCCGAUCCAGCCACCCCGCUCCAUUGCAAGUGCUCAGAACACUCCGUCCAAAGCGCGUUUUGACACACCGGCAAGCUUGUCUUCAACCGCCUUUGACUUCAACUUUGGUUCAGAAUCCCAAUUGAGCAGUGAGGCACAAAAGCUCAUGGACAAUGUUCGGGAAGAGGCGGCGAGGAUCAAGGCUCAGAUGCAAGUCGAGAGGGAAACACAGAAGCAGAAGGAUGCAGAGGCCGAAGAAAUCUUCGGCGGCACAAUUGCCACUGGAAGGAAAAUUGCGAAACCUCGGGGAAAAGCAGGAAGAUUCAGCGACAUCCAUAUGGCUCAAUUCAAGAAGAUGGACUCAAUUGCCAAUCACCCAUCUGCUUUCCGAGCGAAGCCAGGCUUUGCUCAGCCCACAGCUCAAUCGCUGAAGAGAAGCGGCUCCAAGGCCGGUCUCGACGAAACCGAACGACCUCGGACUGCUGGGAAGGGAACCCCAGGUCGAAAGCCGCCUCCAUUCCUUGGUCGACCCACCUCAGUCAGUCCAUUCAAGUCCAUACCGACGCAAGCGGAGCGCGUCGAGACUGGUACGCCUGUGAAGCGUGCCCGACGCUCCGAACUACAUGACGUAUCAGCAAGUCGACCCUCAGAGCAGCCCUCUUCAAUACGUCCCUCCACCUUACCACGCCCAGUUUCAAGCAGCCUCCUGUCACCUACCAAAGCGUCUCUGGCCAAAGCGACAAUAAGUCAAAUUCCAAUUGCCACGCCGCACAAAGUACAUGCACUGACCCGCACCACUUCAGUGAAGUCACUGCGAGCUGCAUCAACUGUGCCUAAUGGGAGACCUUCUACCUCACAUGGAGAAUGCAGCACCAAACCUUCAUCCGGGCUACAGCAAAAGGGAAGCUUACAGGCCGAAAGACCGCUCCCUCCAUUGCCACGCGAGGAGCAUUCAUCAUCAAGUGCCAACACUGCGCGGCAGUCAAAGGCUAUUGCCGAGAGUGCUGCGACGACUGGUGCAUCGUCCUUUUCGUCCAGGCUUCCAAAAUUUUCCGGUCUGAAAUCUAUUCUCCGCCCUGGACGCAAGACCGACAUGGCGCCAUUGAUCGAUGAUAGGCAAGCAACACCUACCCGGCCUAACACUGCCACCUCUACCAAUGGCUCCCACAAGAAAGUCGACUUUACCCCUAGUGUCAAGUCUAGGUAUGCUGUCAAAUUGGCCGCCGGAAGUCCUAGCCCCGCUAAAUUGCCACACCUGACCCCUGGGAAGGCACUGCCACCGGUCGUGCCCUACGAUCCAGCUGCCUAUAUGGUCGAAGACGAUGAUGUAUGGGAAGACGCAUCAGAAGAUGCAUCAAGCGAGAUCGAAUACCCUACGUUACCAGUCCCAUCCUCGAGCCCAGCCGCUCUUCCCAAGGUCGAUAAUGCAUUCAAUGAAAAGGCCAGGGAACAUAACCGCCGCGAGUCAAAAGAGUUCAAGUCCAUCUUCACAACUUUGCACCAUCCUUCUCGAUCCAGUGUCCCUGCAACCUUAACAUCUGUUAACACUACAGUCAACAAAGCCGAUCCGACCACCCAUGCGCACAAAAUUAUUCGGUCUCCUAGCAAUAGGAACUUUUCAAACCCUUCGCCGUCGACUAUUCGGCGGGUCCGUUCCUCUGGUGUUACAGACUUGGUCCAACCGUUCGAAGACGCGCAUGUCAAGACCGUACCACACGGAUUGCCAGGCAAGAAACGCCGACGCGCGUCGACAGUCUCCGAUGAUCGCCAGAGCACGGACGAAGAAUCUAGCAAAGAGAAUCGGCGGAUAUCAGUCAUGCCCAGUGUCCCCGGUGGGUGGGAAGAGAGCUCCAAUAUUGGUGAUGAACAAGAGCAAGACGAGGGUGAGAAGCGAGGUGGAAAGCGGGUACGGACUGACCCAGCAAUAGGAGACCUUUCGGACAAGAUGAUGACGGGAAAGACGAUGAGUCCGAUCAAAAAGCCAAGACAGAGUUCCGCGCGUGAGAUGGCGAAGCAGAAUGCAAAAGAUCGCAAGAGUGGUCGAGGCAUUUUGAGUCUUAGCCGCUUGAACAUGCUCGCCCGGCCUAAGCAGAGAAAUUGAGCGGCCUCUCAUCUCGUCUGCCCGCUGAACGGUCCAUCAAAAUUGCCGGGUAUGCAAGGCAGCGAGUCGGGUUGGAUGCCCUCUCUGCUUUCAUCCACUGGCCUUUGUCGAGCAUCGCGUGCCGAACUGUGUUCAGCUCUUUCCUUUCGGGAUAUGUGUAAAAUUCUGAGGUUUUUUUUUGGUGGGAUGUGCAUGGCUAUGGGAACGGGCGGGAUCUGGAGAGUGAGGUUACUUUUGGUGCAGAAAGCUCAACACCGUCAUUCAUGUUCAGGAUUCAAACCAGGAAUCAAGGGAGACAGGCUCAGGUCAUGGACAUUGCGGAUGAGCCUUUUGGUAUGGCAUUUUCAAACAGAAAAGUCCAGUAUGACCCCAGAGUUCUUGGAUUUGGGGGGCUUGGGUAUCCUAUCCAGCAGUUGACAGCGAGAGAGCACAGAGGCUUGUGUUGUUCCAUCCAAGGAGGUGGUCGCUGUGAGACAAAGUUGGUUCAGAGUUGCCAUAGGAUCGAUCCAUUCCACGACUCCAUACGAAAGAUGAAUGAAUUUCUUUUUCCAUUA